AUGCCUCAAUUAAACCCCUCCCCAUGACUAGCCAUCAUAAUCUUCUCGUGAUUAGCAUUUCUAAUUAUUGUUCCCCCCAAAGUUAUAGCCCACCUCUUCCCAAAUGAACCCUCCCCCCAAAGCACAGAGACCUUAAACAUAGAAACCUGAAACUGACCAUGACUGUAA